AUGCCCUACCGCCUGUGGGCCUUUAAGUUUGUGUGCACCCAGCCACGGUGCAAGCGUCAAAAGCUCACAGGCUGUGGGGUGUACAAGACAGUCCGGAGGGUGCUUGACAUGGACGGCUGGUAUUAUAUGGGGACAGAGUACCUGGAGUGCCGCCUCUGUAAGAAGAAGCUAGCAGGAUGGUCGCUGGAUAUCUUGGACCAGCUGGACGCAAGUCAUCGCUCCAUUUUCCCAGCCAUCUUGACUUACAGGCUGUCCUGUGACCUGAAGGUGGUCAGGCUGAUGAGAGAGAGGACACUGGGGAACAGUGUGACCAGGCUGUACAACCAGCUGAGGGAGCAGCACAGCCUGACCUGGAUGAGUCGGACCCUGUACUACCUGUCCGUCUGUGACCACUUUGUAGUCCCAGGUGCCGCACCACUGAGGGUAACACCUCCUCCUCCCUUUUUGGAUGUGCCCUCAGCCCAGUGGCUGCUGACUGUCCACGGCUACGACGUUCUGUUCCAGCUGGAGGACUUCAAGGCCAGAGUCACCUCCAUCUUUGGGUCCAUCCUGAAGAUGGAUUCAACCAAGAAGGUGACCAAGAAACUAGCUGGGGCAGCACACGGGACAGCAGCGUGGGCCACAAAUGUGGGCAAUGAGUACGGCCAGGUGCUCAUUACGGUCCUCACUGACAGCGAAGGAGAGGGCCUGCUCGACAUGGCAGCUGGCCUCCAGCAGCGCUACAGUAGAGCUGGAGUGGCACCUCCCAAGCUGCUCUAUGUCAACCGGGACUGCUGCGCCCUGAUGGGAAAGGGGAAGACGGCAGCCAUGUUCAGCCAGUGGGAUGAACUCAUCGUCCGGCUGGAUAUGAUGUGGAGCGCCUGCUGGAGGCCAAGCGAGGUGAGCUCAAGGAGAGCCACAUCACGGGGCUCAGCGACGCACAGGUGUUGA